GGUAGCUCCAGCCUUUCUUCCACCCUUUCACGCCCACGCAGUAUUGCUGCUCAUGCUGAUCUGUCGCUAACUCACUUAGCGCACCGUUUCCCAGCUCUAUACAAGUUCGGUUCAAUCCGGAAGCGAUGGCGAUCUGCACCUUCUACCAACGGGGCAUGUGCAAAUUCGGUGAUCAGUGCAAGAAUGAGCACCCAGGAAGCCAACGCGAUGCCAACCGCGGCUUCGGCGGCGGGUAUGGAGGUUCAAACGCCAACCGCUUUGGCGCCUUCAGCAGAGGUGGCGCCGACAGCUAUCGACCUGGACAGCAGCCAACUGGCGCUUUUGGAGGCGGUCGCGACCCCAGGAACAUUCGCUUUCAUCUCAGCAGAGAAGACAUCAAGGCCGACCUCACGGAUCAGCGCCCCACCUAUCCGCUCUCAUGCUACGGACCUGGCCGAGAUGCUCCUCGUCAGCUGAUAGAGGGUCCGGUCGAAAUCAGCCCGGAGGAGCUUCGAUCGCGAUACUACUCGUAUCGAGCAACCGGCAACGAGGCUGUGGCGCAACAAGAGGAGGCCCAGCUCCACACAAAAAUGGAGCAGCAGGUUAAGGCCAUCCUUGAUGAUCUCAACGGCGCAAUCAAGUAUGUCGAAGAUGGUGCGGAUAUCCAUCCAAACCGGAUCGACGUUGCCCAGGGAAAGGUACCAGCUCCGGUGAAUGUACCUACUGGGGUCCCAGCUUCAAAUCCCUUCUCCAAGGGUCCAGCAAACCCUUUCAGCGGCGGUUCUCAGGCGCAGACCUCCACGUUUGGGCAGUCAUCUACGCCGGCGUUUGGACAGGCUUCCGCUCCAGCAUUUGGUCGACCCGGCGUGUCCGCUUUCGGGCAGCCGUCCGGCCUCAGCGGUGGUUCGGCAUUCGGGAAGCCUUCGAUGCCUGGCGCGGGUGCUUUCGGUCAGCCAUCUGCCGCAAGUGGUGGUUCCGCGUUUGGGCAACCUUCAGCUUUCGGAAAACCUUCGAUGCCAGGCGGCGGUGCGUUCGGACAAACUAGCUCCCUGGGCCAACAGUCUGCAUUCGGACAGCCUUCAGCCCCAGGAACAACUUCUGGAUUUGGAAAGCCUUCUAUACCGGGCCAGACUUCUGCUUUUGGUCAGACGGGUGCCAUGGGACAGGCAGGUGCAUUCGGGAAACCCGCUUUUGGGCAGACCGGGUUCGGCCAGCCUUCACAACCCGGAGCCGGCGCUUCGCCUUUCGGCCAGCAGCCGCAGGCUAGCCAGCCUCCUCCCUUUGCUCAAGCGCAGCAGGCAAGCCAAUCCUCACCAUUUGGCCAGCAGCCUCAACAAGCAAACACAUUUGGUCAGCCUCAGCAACAGCAGACACAAGCUCCGGCAAACCCGUUCAGUGGGUCUGCUUCAUCCCAAGCUCCAGCUUUCAGUCAGACAGGCUUCGGAAAGUCGCCCGCCUUCGCCGCGCCCCAGAACCAGACUCCUCCGGCUCAGCCCGCGAACCCAUUCGGUCAGAGGACACAAAGCCCAACCGCGGCGCCUUCACCAUUUACCGCAGCACCUCAACAGGCCAAUCCGUUCGGUCAAGGCCAGCCUCAGGCCCAGCCCCAGCAAGCUGCUUCCCCGUUCGCGCAACAGGGUCAGCCCGCCGCAGCGCCUGGAGGCGGAAAGCCUAUUGAUCCCAAAGAUAGAUUCAAAGAGGGUAGGCCGGAGGAGUACGAGGGAGAGCAAGGCAGGAUGUUGGAGGAGGUCUACAGGCGGGUCGGACAGACGGGUCGCUUUAACGACGAUGAGGACAUUCCGCUGGUGCCGCCAAAAUGCGAGUGGAUCACGCCGAUUCUAUAAUCUCGGAGAGAGCAAGGGCAAACUGCUCGCUUCAUAGGGGAACAAACGGGCGUUAGGGCAGAGAACUUGUACAGCAUGGUUUGAAUCUUCGAAGGCGCUCAGGGUGGGCAUUGGCGCUCAGGAGGCAUCAUCAUGCGGUCCUGGAUCCCUGGCUUAGGCUCGACUACGGAAUGCGGUACCAGCCUUCAUGAUCAGUGGAAGCCCAAGAAUAGUAUGCCACGGCUGUCGAAAGGGCAUCGUGAAUGGUAAAAUACAAGAAUAAACAUGAAACCCCCAAGGCAGAACGUACUCUCGGGCAGCUUCCUGGAAGGGAUAAUAAG